UUCCCCAUACCAUCCUAGACUCCUAGUCAUCCUUCCUGACUAAGCAUUCUUUCUUUUCCCUUCUUUUGCUUUUCGCAGGAUUCACCCUUGACACCCUUUCAUUUUCAUUUUGUGUUCCAAUUGUUUCCCAACUACACUAAUUCCUUGCCACCAACACAGAGCUUGGCUCUUUCAUCUUCCACGGCCUAUCAAAGUUUCUUUAGAAGAGCAUCUAGGACUUGGAAUGGCAUCAAAUUACCUCUCUUCUUCACGUAACUCCAGCUCCUCAUGGACACCCAAGCAAAACAAAUUAUUUGAAAAGGCCCUGGCCUUAUAUGAUAGGGACACCCCUGACCGCUGGCAGAACGUUGCCAGGGCAGUAGGCGGAAAAUCUGCAGAGGACGUGAAGAGACACUAUGAAAUCCUCGUAGAGGACCUCAAGCACAUUGAGUCAGGUAGUGUCCCAUUUCCUAAUUACAGAUCAACAGGGAACAACCGCUGAAGCAGUGUGCAUCUGGAAAACGGGCUUGUGAAGCACAUAACAUAAAGUUCAAUUGAAGUUCAAGAUGAAAGUAGAUCAUCUCGUCAACAAAGCAAUGUGUAUCAUCAGAAUAAUUCAAAAAACAAAAUAAUCUGCCCCUCUAUUUCUAUCUCUAAAUCCUACGUGCUCUCUCUCUCUCUGUAUCUUUCUCUUUUGUGUAAUUGUAAGCAGUACCAUAGCUAUGAAUCGAUGGUGUUACUUUAUUGCA